UGACGUCAUCAGAGAGGCGUCCAAUGGGAAGAGCUGUCAAUCAACGGCACUGCGGAGAGUCUAUGGACGAUCGCUGUCUAUGAGAUAAUCUGUAUCUUUUGUAUUGAUAAAUAAAAUCUAGCGCUCAAUAUUGUCACGUGUGUGUUAUGAGCUGUGAACGAUUCCCAAACCGCCCGCCAAUCCCGAUCACUGGUAUUCAUAGACAUAACGUCACCGGCGGAAGGUGGACUACAGCUCCCGGCAUGCUGCGCGCGCGGUGUGUUGUGGUUGCGCACUGUAAGGAGGUGCACAUAGAGAGCGAUGGCUGAACCCAGAGUUUUUCUCCUGUCCUGUGUGGUACAAGAUUAUGCAUGGGGCAAGCUCGGAGGUGACAGUGAAGUAGCCCAGCUAUGGGCUAGUGGUGACUCUGGGCGGGUGAUUGAGCCAAAGAAACCAUUUGCAGAGUUGUGGAUGGGAACUCACCCCAAAGGUGAUGCUCUGAUCACCGACAACCGUAUUACCCAGAAGACCUUAGGACAAUGGAUUGCAGCCCAUCCAGAUUGUCUGGGGUCAAAAGUCAGAGAAGCUUUCCAGGAUCAGCUGCCUUUUCUGUUUAAAGUUCUAUCUGUGAGGCUCGCACUUUCCAUCCAGGCUCAUCCAGACAAGGAACUGGCAAAGAAGCUGCAUGCCCAAUUUCCUCAGCAUUAUCCUGAUGACAACCACAAGCCAGAGAUGGCCAUUGCUCUCACCCCUUUCCGGGGUCUUUGUGGAUUCAGACCUAUAGCUGACAUUGCAGGAUUCUUGCAGGGCAUUCCAGAGUUCCGUGCACUUAUAGGUCAGGAUGCUGCCCAACAGCUGGAGUCCAGUGCAGAAGAUCCCAGUAAGGAGGCCGUACAGCGGAAGGCACUGCAGCGAUGCUUCACCUGCAUGAUGCAGAGCGGCAAGAAAGAGUUUGCAGAACAGCUUAACCUGCUGGUGCAACGUGUAACACAACAAGUUCAGAGAGGUGAAGAUGUGUCCUAUUGUAUUGGAGACCUGCUCCUCACACUGCACUCACAGUUUCCUGGAGACAUAGGAUGCUUUGCUAUUUACUUUCUCAAUGUAGUGACUCUUCAACCUGGAGAGGCCAUGUAUCUAGGAGCCAAUGAACCCCAUGCAUAUCUGGAGGGAGAUUGUAUAGAAUGUAUGGCUUGUUCUGAUAACACGGUCCGUGCUGGACUCACCCCAAAAUUUAUUGAUGUGGAUACACUGUGUGCAAUGCUGACCUACAUACCAGCUCCUGCUGCUGACAAGCUGUUUUCACCAUCACCAGUUAUUGGAGACUCCUACGCCCUCCUUUACAACCCUCCCGUACUUGAUUUCUCAGUUAUCAAAAUUGAGGUUCCAUCUUCCGUAUCACAGUACCAGGUUGCUCCAUUAGAUUCCGCAAGUAUUCUAUUGGUAGUCCGGGGCCAGGCCACAAGCCAAGGAAUCCAUGGAGGAUUAAGUCUUCAUUCAGGCUCCGUUCUCUUCAUCUCUGCUAAUGAAAGUCUAACCCUGAGUGUGGACCCAUCCCACAAUCUCCUUUUAUUCAGGGCUUGUUGUCUGUUGCAAUGAUGGAGAUAGUCAAUGCUGUUACAUGAGACACACUCCAGUUACUAAAACUGCAGUACGGAGAAGACAUGAAUCAGGGGCAUUUCUGAGAACUACAUUGGAUGCUGUGGGGGUUCAUACUCGUCCAGCAUACUUAUUUUUACAGUGCAAAGGCAAAAUAAAAUGAUGUUACUAUGACACCCUUA